CGGUGUCGCAGAUAGCCGAAGUCGAGACCUCGACAACUCCCAGCUUCGUCAAAGGGACCUCCUCGUCCUUGUCCCAAACAGUAUCUGAAUAGCGACCGAAUCGGUCAUGUUUUGCCCCUAGGGUUCAAUUUGUCCUACAAAGAAUACAUCGCACUGCACGCCGGCCGCGCAGUCCCCGCUGCUAUUGAGUAGUAGCACCCUCUCUUUUUCCGGUGGACGGGUCAAUCCCGCCAAACAGCCACAUCGAGGUGCAUCGUGUACAAAAGAAGAUUAUUUGGGCGCAAUCGUUCCUCGCCCGUCCUCACUAUGCCAUCCACUUACUCGGACGAUCCGCUACGGUCUGGCCUCGAUCGCUUCAGAGACCAUAGUCCCAGCCAGCAUCGAAGAAGCAUGUCGCAAGAAACAGACUCCACCGUGUCCACGACGAGCAUCGUCUUCGAUCGCAUACAAGAACGUCUCGACACCAAGGAGUUCCCCUCUCGCGGCACCGAUGGCGACGAUGACGACUCGCUCAAGGACGAGCUGAACAAUGACGAUCUCGAAACCGGGCCCUUCUUGGGCAACGCCAGUCCGUCUUCCCGUUCAGACCAGCGCUCGCCCGGCGACGGCCAGCGUAUGGAUCGCAGUUUGAGGAGAUGGCUAUUUAUCGUUUCGGGAGCGUUGGUCGCUACUUGGGUCAUCGGCCUCUUCGUCUUCGUCUCGCAUAAGGCCUACAAGCCAUCCUCCUCCUUCGCGCAUGACCCCCAAGCAACAGUCACGCACGGAAGUGGCAAGAAGGUCACCCUAGACCAAGUCUUGAAAAAUGAAUGGCGCGCAAAGAGCCAUUCCAUCAGCUGGAUCGCCGGUGCAAACGGAGAAGAUGGCCUUCUUCUGGAGAAGGAGGGCGCCGGGAAAGACUACCUUGUGGUCGAAGAUGUGCGAGCUCAGAACCCUUCCUCCGUCCAAGCCUCCAAGAGCAAGACCCUGAUCAAGGACAAAUCAUUUGAAUUUGCCAACAAAACAUACUGGCCCACUGUCACGGUUCCCAGUUGGGAUCUGAAAAAAGUCCUGCUUGCGACGGACGUUAAGAACAACUGGCGCCACUCAUACUACGCUGUCUACUGGAUCUUUGACGUUGAGACCCAGCAGGUUGAGCCUCUGGUUCCCUACGAUGUCGAGGCUCGGCUCCAGCUGGCGUCAUGGAGUCCUACCAGUGAUGCCAUUGUCUACACACGGGAUAACAACAUGUUCCUUCGCAAACUCGACAGUGAUAAGAUUGUGCAGAUCACCAGGGACGGCAGUGCAGACGUAUUCAACGGUGUCCCCGACUGGGUCUACGAGGAAGAGGUGCUGGCAAGUGGUGUCGCUACCUGGUGGUCCGAGGACGGCAAUUACGUCGCAUUCCUCCGAACCAACGAGACAGGUGUCCCCGAGUAUCCCAUCCAGUACUUUGUGUCAAGGCCCAGUGGUGAGGAGCCCAAGCCGGGAGAGGAGAACUACCCCGAGGUCAGAGAAAUCAAGUACCCGAAGGCCGGCGCACACAACCCUAUUGUCGACCUCAAGGUUUAUGACGUGAAACGUGGCGAUGUCUUCUCCGUUGAUAUCUCAGGCCGUUUUGCCGACGACGACCGCCUUAUCACUGAGGUUGUCUGGGCCGGAAAGCAGGUAUUGAUCAAAGAGACAAACAGAGUCAGUGAUGUGAUGCGCGUCGUGCUGGUUGAUGUGGGAUCCCGCACUGGAAAGGCAGUCAGGACUGUUGAUGUCAACGCCAUUGACGGUGGCUGGUUCGAGAUCUCUCACAAGACCAAGUUCAUCCCGGCUGAUCCCGCCAACGGCCGGCCUGAUGAUGGCUAUGUCGACACCAUUAUUCACGACAAUGGAGAUCAUUUGGCGUACUUCACGCCGUUGGACAACCCAGACCCCAUCAUGCUCACCUCUGGGGAUUAUGAAGUGGUCGAUGCGCCAUCUGCCGUUGACCUGCAAAGGAACCUCGUCUACUUUGUUUCUACGAAAGAAUCCUCGAUCCAGCGUCAUGUCUACCAGGUCAAGCUGACCGGAGAAGAUAUGACACCGGUAACGGAUACCUCCAAGGAGGGCUACUACGCCAUCUCGUUCUCGACCGGUGCCGGAUACGCCUUGGUAUCCUACCAGGGCCCAGACAUUCCCUGGCAAAAGGUUAUCAGCACCCCGAGCAACUCCGACAAGUACGAGCAUGUCGUGGAGGAGAACAAAGAUCUCGCCGAAGCGGCCAAGAAGCACGAACUCCCGAUCAACAUUUAUGGCACUAUCAACGUUGACGGCGUAGAUCUCAACUACAUCGAGAGACGCCCGCCACACUUUGACAAGAACAAGAAGUACCCCGUUCUCUUCCAACAGUACAGUGGCCCCGUCUCUCAGACCGUCAAAAAGACGUUCGCUGUCGACUACCAGUCAUUUGUGGCUGCUGGCCUCGGUUAUGUCUGCGUUACCGUCGACGGGCGCGGAACAGGCUUCAUCGGCCGCAAGAACCGCGUCAUCAUCCGGGGCAACCUCGGAACCUGGGAGUCCCACGACCAGAUCGCCGCCGCGAAGCACUGGGCUCAAAAGGACUACAUCGACGAAGACCGCCUUGCCAUUUGGGGCUGGAGCUACGGCGGCUACAUGACUCUCAAGACCCUCGAGCAGGAUGCAGGCCAGACCUUCAAAUACGGCAUGGCCGUGGCCCCCGUUACCGACUGGCGCUUCUACGACAGCAUCUACACGGAGCGAUACAUGCGCACUCCGCAGACGAACCCCGAAGGUUACGAGGGAGCCGCCGUCACCAACGUCACCGCCCUUUCCCAGAACGUGCGCUUCCUCUUGAUGCAUGGUGUGGCCGACGAUAAUGUUCAUAUGCAGAACUCCCUUACGCUUUUGGACCGGCUUGAUCAGUCAACCGUUGAGAACUAUGAUGUUCACGUUUUCCCGGAUAGUGAUCAUGGCAUUUACUUUCAUAAUGCCAAUCGGAUUGUGUUUGAUAAACUGACGAACUGGCUGGUCAAUGCUUUUAACGGCGAAUGGCUGAAGAUCGUCAAUGCGCAGCCUAAUGGCAUGAAGCGGCGUGCUCUUCCCACUGCUUGAUCAUGAUGAGCAGUAUGCUGCUUGAGAUAGAGAGUUGCGUCGUGCUCCUGGCGUUUGGGUGAACAAAGGAGGCGUUUCGGCUUGGUUGGUUAUAAGCAGGUGGUCAGUUGUUGUUUGUAUACAAUUCUAGAUAUACGAGGAAAGGAAAGCAUGGUAUGAAUCUAUACCUUCACAGUUCUUAUACUCUUGUUGCUCGAUGGAGUGCAUGUUAUUCACCCGGCCCAAAGGACAUGCAUCCGUUAUUAUCGUUCCCAGUCAGUCGGGUUCGGGCCAUCCGUUCAGCUGGUUUGCGGCUUCUGUCCAUCAUUACCCGAACUCCCCCCAGUAACGAACAAGCGAAUCUGCAAACGAUCACGGUUCAUCGGCCGAAUGCUAGUGCAAGGAUGGAUGGUAGGUUGGUGGUUGGGUGCUUGCUUCCCCGGAU